AUGGGUGGCAACGGUAACAUGACCUGGGAUGCUGUGGCGGACCGCAAGCUUCUCCUCGGUGUCCUUAAGGUCCACGACAUCAAGGUCGACUACGAAAGCCUUGCGAAAUACAUGGCCACGGACGAGCACAAACCAACCGCUCUCAGUGUCUCCAAGCGUCUCAUCAAGCUCAAAGCUAUAGCCAAGGACGACAACGCUGGUGGUGGCAACACCGAAGACACCGCCGAGAAGACUCCUCGGAAGCGUGGGAAGGCUGAUACCACAAGCACGCCUCGCAAGCGCGCAGCCAAGGGAAAGAAGACUCAAGACGUGAGUGAUCAUCAGGAGGAUGAGGACGACAAUGAGGUGAUCAAGGGGCAGGGCAAGGAUGACUCGGAGGAAAGGCUGGAUGAUAAUGUGUUUACCUGA